CUGUGAAUGAAGUUGUGUUUAUAUUUAAGAUCUCUAUAUUUAUAUUAUCUAUGAUAUAAUUAUCAAGAUGACCUAUCUCAUCUCGAUAUUGUAUUAUUUUCAAAUUGUUAAAAUGUUAGGUAUUUAAGUUUGCGAUAGAUAUAUGUAAAAAUGUUUUAAUUUUCGGAUAUUUUUAAGUAUAUAGGUAUUUAGUAUUUAUAGUUUAAGUAAAGCAAUGAUUUUAGAAGAUAACCAAAAUGUCAUCAAACCAAGGAAUAGUCGAGCUGCUCGGCCUAAAGUUGUUUACCAAUGGACUGUACAAGAUGUUCAAAAAUGGUUUCGCCGACAUUGUUAUGAUUAUUAUGUUUUAUACGGAGAAAAAUUUUUGCAGCAUGAAAUAAUUGGACGUGCUUUAAUAAGAAUUAAUGAAAAUCAACUAUAUCGUAUGGGUAUUAUAAAUCCAGAUCAUAGUCAAGAAAUUUGUCGUGAAAUACUUAAACUACGUCUUAAAACUUAUAUUUUAGAAUUUAGAGAUUUGGAACGCAACAAUCUUUAUGAUUAAAAUCUCAAGAGUUUUACAUUGAAAGUCCAAGAGUUGUAAUACGAGGACUAUUAGGCUUAAUUGAACCUAUUUCAGUCUCCACUUUAUAAAAUGAUAUUGGAUGAAAUGUACUGAUGUCGAUAAGCGUACUAUUUUUAUUGAAUACUCUUAUAACACCUGGAGCUUCACAUCCUGCAAUAUAUUAUAAAUAUAAAAACUUAAAUAUAUUUGAUAAGAAUUAUUACCUACUUUAAACUAUUUUAUUA